UCAGCUUUCUUUGGUGCGUUAACGGCAUGCACGUUGUGUCUUAACGUUGUAAAGGUGUUUCAUAUGAGAGACCAAUCCAGUUGAGGCUCGCACUUGGGCAAAAUGUUCAAUGCACUGUUUGCUGGGGAAACAGGCCAAGCUGCACCCGAGAAGAAUGAGCAAUCCUCGGACGAUGCUGGGGGCCCAAGCACCUCAACUGCUGCCAAUCCGCUCCUCAACUUCUGGAGCGUCGCCGCAGCCGUGAAAAAUACUGUCAAAGCCCGAGCGGAUGAGCUGGUGAAGAGCGUGGUUGAAACCGACUGGCGCACUGAGCUAAGCCAGUUCAGUCGCGAAGUUGGGGAGGAGGGCAAAACGCUCAAAGUCAAGACCGCAGAGCUCGUGGAGCACAUACCAGAGCAGGUGGUGCACCUUGAGGAGAAGGCGGAGGAGGCGCUGCAGCAUUUGCCCGAAAAGGUGCACUUGCCAAAGGAUGUGGGGCAGACGAUUGAGGGCGUCAGCGUUGCGUUCGCGCAGCUGGGCAAGAGCCUGUUCCAAGGCACCAAGGAGCUCAUUGAUGAGCUGAAGGACGGUGUGGAGACGGAGAUCGCCGCAGCGUCGCGUGAGGGAAAGCGCGCCGCGAGGGGCAAAUCGACGGCGUCUGCGGCGGCGGCCAAGUUGUCAUCGGUACCCGCCAAGUACAGCCGCUUCGAAGCGGAGGUCGCCGCCAUGCAGCGCGACAGCAGCACCUACUGCGACGAGCCGGAGGACGCGGAGGAGUAUGCGCGCUGGCGGCAGGGCUUCAGCCUGGCGGGCGUGCAGGCGGACAUUGGCCGCAUCACGGCGGAGAACGCCUUCAUGGCGGAGCUGCAGGCGCGGCUGGUGCCGGUCAUUGUAGAGCACCAGGACUUUUGGAGCCGCUACUUUUACAGGCUGCACAAGCUGCAGCAGAAGGAGGAGCAGCGGCAGCAGCUGGCACAGCGUGCCAAGACGCUGCAGGAGGAUGAGGUGCCGCUGGGCUGGGGCGACGAGGACGAGGCGGCAGCGGCGCUUCCGGAGCAGCAGCCUGCCGCCGCCGCCGCGGCUGUAGAGCAGGUCGCUGAGCUGACGUCGCAAGCCAGCGCUGCAGUAGCAGCGGCGCCCAGCGCAACAGCGACAAGUCCAGAGCUGGAGGCAGCACCCGCCGCGCUGGCCUCCGGUGGCGCUGAGGCCUCUCCCGCUGAGGAGCCAUCGGUGGCUGCCACCGCGGAAGCAGGCAGCCCUGCGCUGCCUUCCUCCUCAGUGGCAGCGGCUGCCGAUGCAGCGGCGCCUGCGGCGGUGCCAGUCUCCCAGGCAGCAGUCGAGCCGGACGUGCUUGCCGCUCCCAGCACGCCGGCUUCCCGGCCGGCUGCGGAGGAGCCGGCUGAGUCCCCGGCAGCCGCCAGCGCGCUGCAUGCGGCUGGUGAGGCGGAUGAGGCGGCCGGCAGCAGCAGCCCCAGCCCUAGCGGGCAUGCGGCAGAGGCGGAGGCAGGGCAGGUGGAGGCGGAGACGCAUGCGGAGACGUCGAGUGACAGCAGCGCCAAGGAGUGGUGUGUCGUCACCUCGGGUACCAAGGCUGCGGCACCAUCUCCCAGCGCAGUGGGUGCCACAGCUGCAGGAGCCGCCGCCGCUGCUGAGCUGGCUGGCUCCUCACCCCGAGUGGCGGAGGUAGAUGGGGCGGUGGAGGCAGCGAGUCCAGAGCGGGUUGCAUCCCCUGGUGCCGCGUCGCCGGUUGCCGCCCCCGCGGCAGCUACGCAUGCGUCCCCAGCUGCGGCUCCGCAGCCGGCCAGAGGCGCGAAGCCGGGGGCAGAGGAGGAGGAAGUGGAUGAGGACUGGGGUAACUGGGAUUAAGGUCGGUGUGUGGCUGGACCCGUUGCCAAAUGCGGUUUGCUAAGGGUUUGGUAAUUAGGGGCUGCGAAUGUUAGUAGGUGGCUGCAUGUGACUCAUGCACAAAGCUGGCUUGCAUGGUCACCUUUGUAACUGUAGCGUCUUGCCUGGGAGCGACGGCUUUCCUUUAUUAGUCUUAGGAUUGGAUGGUUGGCCGCUUAGGCAGUAUGGCCCUCGGUCAUUUGAUUUGUUUGUUUGUUCAAGGGCCCAUUGAAGGGCUCCUUGCCACUGCCAUGGCCUCUUGGCAGCGGUAGGCCGACGGCACGUAAAGCACGUAAAGCGGCACGUAAAGGCUCCCCUUAGGACCGUGUAAUGGUCAACAGUUGCGCUUGCUGUUGCGGCUUUGUUUAGGCAUGUUAGCACAGUAUAGGGUUAGGACGUUGUCAUAAUGCUGAUGUCAGGAUGCAAGGAGCUUGGGAUGAAGAUGUGUGGAAUGCGUAUACCGGUAGUUGUCAACUUGGGAUGGGUUCGAUGGCCUGUGUGAAUCGACGGUGCAGUGAUGGUUAUUUGGCUGCGGCAGUUAAGUAGUUUGAACCAGUGCAUUAAGCCGAAUGAAGGAAUGCCUGCUGAGGGUGUGUUGGUGGUCAAGAAUGGCACUCGCCGUGUAAUGAUUUGCCCGCUGCGCCGCUAGUUGCAUGGACUGCAACCAAC